AUGAUUUGUACGUCAUGUGGUAUUCAAAUUGUAGAAUCGUCAACAAUCUACAAAUGUCGUCAAUGUGUGAACCAUUUUGUUUGCAAGGCAUGCACGAAGAAGGAGCAUAACCGUCCAAGUAGUUCUCAUCAUACAUUAGACAAAAUGCGUACUCUAAUAAAUUCGACGACAUCAGCACAUUCAUCAUUGACAAUGGAAGGAAAAUCCGCAGAAGUUAAAACAGAUCCACAGGCACGUUCAACAUCGAUAUUUGCGACUAAAGAAUAUUUAACAAUGUUUUUGUCCUACUGUGAUCAUUGUUUAAAAGUGCUUGUAUGUGGAAAAGACAUAAUCUUUAAUUGUGAUCAAUGUCCAAAUAAUUUCUGUAUUUGCAAUCAAUGUCUCUCUCUCAUGCCAAAUCAACAUCCAUCGAUGCAUACAUUUUCAAAAGGAACAUCGCCUAGUGAACUUUUACAACGUGCUCAUGAUUUAGAACAUUUCGAUGUUAUUUGUGAUAGAUGUCGACGACAUAAUUUUAAUGGAAUACGACAUCAUUGUGAACAAUGUCAAUCCAACUAUGAUUUAUGUGAAAAAUGUAUUGAUACAAUACAUAAACAUCACACAUUUAAAAUUAUGCCAAAUUCUUUUCUACAUGCUCAUAAUAAUAGUAUGCUUGCUAAACGAACUUUGGAUGCAAUCGCAAAAAAUACUGAUACUCAGAAUCUUACAUGGCGUGAUCCAAUUACUGGAUGGACAAAGAGUGAUGCUGAAAAUAUGAUACAACAAGCUCAAAAAGAACAAGAAGCAUAUAUUACACAAUUACAAAAUAUUUCAGAACAUGAACUAGGCGACGCAAAGAAAGCACAAGAAACUCAGCAUGAGCUGCAUAGAUUCACAAUGGAUGGUCUAAAUGUCCAACUUUCACUUCUGAACGACAAGGUUCUAUAUCUUCCACGGCGCUGA